AUGGAGUACAAAACUGUAGCACUUACUGAGGAGUGCAACUCUAUAAUUCAAAAUAGAUUACCCAAGAAGUUAAAAGAUCCGGGUAGUUUUACUGUGCCGGUUACAAUUGGGCAAAGUGUUCAUGCCCGGGGGUUGUGUGAUUUGGGUACUAGUAUUAAUCUUAUUCCCUUAUCAUUGUAUAAAAAGCUUGGGUUAGGUAGUCCAAAGCAAACCACUGUCAUUCUCCAACUCGUUGAUAGGUCCGUUGUUAGGCCAGAGGAGGUAGUAGAGGAUGUGUUAGUACAAGUAGGUUCCUUGAUUUUUUUGGUGGAUUUUGUAGUUUUAGACUUUGAACCUGAUUCUGAAGUUCCAUUCAUUUUGGGACGUCCGUUCUUAGGUAUUGGAUGGGCAUUAAUUGAUGUAGCAACUGGGCAGUUAACUAUCAGGGCACAUGAUAAGAUUGAAGUGUUUGAUGUUUAUCGCGCUUUGAAAUUGCCAUCCAUCUAUGAGGAGUUGUCUGCUGUUACGGUUGUAGAUCACUCUAUAGAAUCACAACUAAUUGUGCGUGAAGAUCCCUUAGAAAGAGUGUUAGUGGGGCAUGAUGUAGAUGGAGAUAUUGAGGCUCAAGAGAUAGAGACUUGUUUGAAUCUAGCAGUCAUGGAGAUAGAUAAGCGUAGAGUAGAGACAUUAGAGCAGUUGUCUGAAAUACAGGUUAAUGUGGCAUUGAUGGUCCUAAAGCGGAGAAAGAAAGUUAUUGGAUGA